AUGGACGAGCAGCCGCGGCUCAUGCACACGCACGGCGGCGUGGCCAUGCCCGGCCACCCGGGCCUGUCCCAGCACAUGCCCGACGGCCCCGGCGCCGCCGAGGGGGAGGCCGGCAGGAAGCAGGACAUCGGCGACAUCCUGCAGCAGAUCAUGACCAUCACGGACCAGAGUUUGGACGAGGCGCAGGCCAGGAAACACGCUUUGAACUGCCAUAGGAUGAAGCCGGCGCUUUUCAACGUCUUGUGCGAAAUCAAAGAGAAAACAGCCAUGGCAAAUGUUCAUGCUCCGCCGUCAGCUCCGUCUUACCGGGGCGCUG